UGAUGCACCUGGAGCAUGUGCAUUCCGACUGGACUGUAUCAGAUGUACUGUACACUGGAAAGAAGAUUCUUAUCACUCAAGAGUGUUGGGGAGGCUUGAGACUGUGGAUGGGAAAAGAGAGGCGAGUGACUCACGCUGAGGAUUCUAACAGGAACUCACUGUACAGACAGAUUUCUCCAUCAUGGCCAGUCAGCCUCUACCACUGUCUCAGAAGACCUUGGCUCAGUUCAAUCACUCCUUGGCCACAGAACCAGGAGCCUCUGGGCUCUAUCUCUACUCAUCGCAGCUCCAAAGACCAGGCUCACCAUAGGCCACUGCACCUCAGGGGUGUGACGGGCCCCUCAUCUGAGUCAUCUUUCCUGAGCCCCAACGUGACCAAUUCUCACAUAUCCAUUGGCAAGCGGUUUUCAUUCGGGGGUUGGCAGCAGGGAGGUAGAGUGAGCUUUUCUGGAUUGUACCUCCAGCAACCAAUCCAGGAGAUCCAUCUAAAGAACACAUACAGAAUGGGACCAGAACCAGGGAGCCAUUUCAGUGUCAGCAGAACUCAGCAGAUCAUAAAGGCUACAUUGGACAGUUAUUUGGAUGGUGUAUGUUACAGUCCUGACAGCAGUAGCCAGCUCUGUCAGAUGUUGGCAGAUCUAACAUCAGUAAGCUAA